CUCCAGCUAUUAGGGAAAAAAAAGGAUAAAGGAAACAUUAUGCCCAAAGGAGAAAGAAAAUUCCCCCCCACCAAGGAAACAAUCUCAAGAAACAGACCCAGAGGAUAAUUGGAGGACAAAUUGCUAGCCAGGGGCCAGCGUGUAUAUAUUUGUAAGAAGUGUCCACUUGAGAACGAUCCGGCCCUACCCUGCUGGCUUCAGGGAUUCAGCAUCAGAAACAGGGAGGAAGUGCCUGGGCCAACCACCCUUGCCUUUGGACUCUGUGCCCAGGACUGCAAGGAGCUGUGAAGUGCAGAAGGCAUGGGGCGGCCACUGUCUCGGAGCUGGAUGCUGGUGGCAGUGGUGGUGGUGACCUCGUGGAGCCUCACAGCUGCAGCCAAUGAGCCCUCCUCUGAAGCGAGAAGGUGCUCUGAAUGUCACAGCAACGCCACCUGCAUAGAGGACGGGGUUGUCACCACGUGCUCCUGCCGAGACGGCUUCUCUGGCAACGGGCUCGAGUGCGUGGACGUGGACGAGUGCGCCACCCCAGAGGCGCACAACUGCUCGGUUGGCAGCGGCUGCGUGAACACGCUGGGCUCCUAUACGUGCGUGUGCCCCGACGGCUUCCUGCUGACGCCCGGCCUGGGCUGCACCGACGUGGACGAGUGCUCGGAGCCGGGGCUCAGCGGCUGCCACCCGCUGGCCUCCUGUGUCAACCUGGACGGCAACUACUCGUGCGUGUGCCCCGAGGGCUACGCGGGGGACGGCCGGCACUGCGAGUGCUCCCCGGGCUCCUGCGGGCGGGGGCUGGACUGCGUGCCCGCGGGCGAGCACGGGGCGCUGGUGUGCGCGGACCCGUGCCAGGCGUACCGCACCCUGGACCAGUACUGGCGCAGCGCGGAGUACGGCGCCGGCUACUCCUGCGACUCGGACCUGCGCGGCUGGUACCGCUUCGUGGGCCAGGGCGGUGUGCGCAUGGCCGACACCUGCGUGCCCGUCCAGCGCUGCAGCACGGCGGCGCCCCUGUGGCUCAACGGCACUCACCCGUCCAAUGACGAGGGCAUCGUGAGCCGCACGGCCUGCGCGCACUGGAGCGGCCACUGCUGCAGGUGGGACACGCGGGUGCAGCUGAAGGCCUGCGCCGGCGGCUACUACGUCUACAACCUGACGGCUCCCCCCGAGUGCCACCUGGCCUACUGCACAGAUCCCACCUCCGUGGAGGGGACCUGUGAGGAGUGCGGCGUGGACGAGGACUGCAUAGCGAAUAACGGCAGAUGGCACUGCCAGUGCAAACAGGACUCCAACAUCACGGAUGUCUCCCUCCUGGAGCGCAGGCUGGAGUGUGGGGCCAGUGACAUCAAAGUGUCCCUGAGCAAGUGUCACCUGAAGAACCUGGGCUUCAAGAAGGUCUUCAUGUACCUGCGUGACAGCCGCUGCUUCGGCUUCAUGGAGAAGGGUGAACGGGACUGGAUGUCGGUGGUGACCCCAGCCCAGGAUGGUCCCUGCGGGACAGUGUUGACGAGGAACGAAACCCAUGCCACCUACAGCAACACCCUCUAUCUGGCAAACGAGAUGAUCAUCCGCGACAUCAACAUCAAGAUCAACUUCGAGUGCUCCUACCCCCUGGACAUGAAAGUCAGCCUGAAGACCUCCCUGCAGCCCGUAGUCAGUUCCCUGAACAUCAGCGUGGGUGGAACGGGCCUGUUCACUGUGCGGAUGGCACUUUUCCAGAGCCCUGCCUACACACAGCCCUACCAAGGCCCCUCAGUGACACUGUCCACCGAGGCCUUUCUCUACGUGGGCACCAUGCUGGAUGGAGGUGACCUGUCCCGCUUUGCACUGCUGAUGACCAACUGCUAUGCCACACCCAGUGGCAAUGCCACAGACCCCACGAAAUACUUCAUUAUCCAGGACAGAUGUCCGAGCACUUCAGACUCAACCAUUCAAGUGGUGGAGAACGGGGAAUCCCCUCAGGGCCGAUUUUCCGUCCAGAUGUUCCGGUUCACUGGCAACUAUGACCUUGUCUACCUGCACUGUGAAGUGUAUCUGUGCGACCUCGUGAAUGAGAAGUGCAAGCCUAGCUGCACUGGGGCCAGACUCCGAAGUGGGGGCUUCAUAGACCAAUCCCGUGUCCUCAACUUGGGUCCCAUCACGCGCAGAGGUGUCCAGGCCACAGUCUCGAGGGCCGCUUCCAGCAGCUUGGGGCUCCUGAAGAUCUGGCUGCCUGUGCUUCUCUCGGUGACCUUGACCGUGACAUUUCAGUGAUCAGUGGUGUGAAGCCCUGUGCUGGGUGGCUCCCCGCUCACUUCCUGCCGGCCAGGAGGGGAGGUGCCGGGGAGUGCUGGCCCUUCAUCAGCCUGCUCUUCUUUUCUGCCCCUGAAUCCCUGCUCUGGGCAGACAGUCUGUCCCAUUCAAUACUGCUCGCUCCCCAGAUGGGACUUGCGACUUGCCUGCACCUGGGGCUCCGUCUCCUUAGGGUUGUGGUAAAAUGAUAAUUAAAGAAAACAUACAGCCUUUGAAGUCA